AUGUUGGCGCUAAACGCAGGUUCUCAGUACCCAGGUCGCGGCCGCGGCCGCGGCCGCGGCGACGGUGGUAACAGGGUCCACAAGCAUGACGGGAUUAACCGUUAUCAUGGCGGUUUUCGUGGUGGCCGCGGCGGUGGUGGUGGCGGCUUUCGCGAUGGUGACAUGCGCGAGUGCCGCGAGCGCGAGAGCUGGGCCGUCAGCGCUGCUCAAGCGAACGCACGGACGUUGGCGAGAGUUCCAGUCCCAGUCGAGACGAACUGCUUUCCGAUCGACCUGUCUGAAGGCCGGUUCCACAACUACAUAGUGUCCUUCGAGUUCCUGGAGAACGCCACGGACAUGGCGGGCGACAUGUGGAAGAUCAGCCUUCAAAACGAACUCCUUCGAACGAUCCGCAAGAACCGCACUGCAGAGAAGCGCACGCGAACGUCAGCGGAGGUGGAGGAUCUGUGUGUCUGCACAGGGCAGGCCAUUCUGGCCCCAGCGAAGCUGAGCGUCGAGGAUGGCUUCUCCAUCGAGUGCACCCGGAAGGAGAAGGUGAGUCGAAACAAUACUGAGGAGCGCCACUAUCGAGUCAGGAUCCGCUACGAUGGCGAGGUGAGCCUGAAGCUCCCGGAGCACGCGCAAUGGGUGAACAAGAUCAUUGCCUUCGGUCUCGCUGAUACCUACAGCGAACACAUCGGGUCCGACUAUGUGGACAUGAAAUCCACCGUGGAGCGCGGUGGUGACCUCGUUACGAUGGACGCCAUCUCUCUUAACGCCUUGCGCAUUGUGAAACAGAGCGGCAGCACGACGGCUAUGAUGGAUGUACUGCAGCUGGACGUGAGCACCAAGGCGUCGACAAAAACGAAGUGCAGCGACGAGAUGCGCCGGCUCCGACAGCAGAAUCCGCAAGGCUUCAGGCGCGCCGUGAACGAAGCGCUGGUCGGCAUCAGCGUGACGACCGUGUUUGGUGAGCCGACGUUUCUGAAGGUGAAGGCAAUCGACUUCAACAUCCUCGCCAGCUCCCCAACCAUGUUCAAAACGAACCCGGAGGAGACCUUUGUGGAGUACUUCAAGCGCAAGUAUGAUGCCAUCAUCGAUCCCACGCUGCCGAUGCUGUACUGCAUCUUCGCAGACCGCACCAAGAUGAGUCGGCGUAUGCCGUACCCCGCUGAUUCCCUGCUGCUCAACAAGCUGAACGAGGCACAACUGAGCAAGCUGCCUAUACUAUGCUCCAUCUACCCCAACGAGCGCAUGAAGCGCAUCAAGGCAGCCCUGGAGCGCGUGCUGGCAUCCCCACUUAUGAUAACAGUGCUUCAGCAGUACGGCGUUCGCAUCCAGCCGCAGUUUGUGAAGGUGUCGGGCAGGGUACUGCCGGCCCCCACCAUCUACGUACCGUCGGGGCCGAACAUGUUCAACCGGAUUAACACCGCUGAGUACACGGGCCAGGCUGGCUUUGCGCUUGGGCUGAAGGACUUGCAGCAUCCGAGCCAGCCAUGUGAGUUUAAGACACUGCUCAUGGACGAGUACUUCAUGAAUGGUAACAUCACUCAUUGGCUCCAGAAGUACAACGUGGCUCUGCCCUCUCCGAGGAAGACGAGCUUCGACUCGGCUGCGCAGCGUAUCACAGAGGGGCCGGGCACUUUUGCCAUGGUGAAGCUGCGCACAAAGGAGGCAGGGGCGUACAACAACUUCAAGGAGCGCUUUGCAAGAAGCUCUAUUGUUUCUCAGAUGGCCGUGGUGGACCUCACGCGCAACGUGCCGCAAAUGAUCACGCAGCAGGUGGCUGCUAAGAUUGGCCAGCUGUGCUUCGUCGCGGAUGUCGACGAGGCGGGGAAGUCCUUCGCGUGUCGUCCGCUGCUCAUCGUGGGUGCUGUCGUCGGCACUGCGAUGAACACAAUGCUCGAGAAGUACAAGAGCAUCAACGUGAGGCUGUACACCAUUACCUUUGUGGCCUUCUUGGCAAACGGCAAGAGUUGGAAACCGUACUGCAUGCACCAUCAGGUCAAGGGCGAGGAGCACGUGCUCUACGAGGACAGCGAUGCAGCUUCCUCGCACAUGUCCAGCACCACUUUGACAGUUCGGCGGCAGAACGCGAACGAGGUUCUGAACAAUAGGUUUCCUGACUUCCUCAAGGAGGUGACGGCGCACUUCAAGCUGAAUGGCAAGGGCAGCAAGGGCACUAUGGUGCUCUACCGUGGCGCUAUGACAGACGCUGAGGUCGGCUUCACAGCGAACAUGGAUCUAGUCAUGGAGCAGGUGCUACCGAACUGGGAUACGGCGACGGUGGUCGUGCAUCCCCGCUCGCACUUCCGCAUGGCGUGGGACCCCACGACGGUGUUUCCACAUGAAACGGCCAGCGCCUACGCCGGCCUCAGCAACGUCCCCCGUGGCUUUUCCACGACGGAUUGUAGGAUCAUCUUAGCUGAUUCAGAUCCGUACACACCGGUGGACUCUUUCUACUUGUCAGCCGCCAACUGCACGCUAGGGCACGCGGCGAACACCUACUAUCUCGUGCAGAAGCGUGCCGCCUCCAUCUCGCUAAUGGACCUUCAAAAACUGACGUACAACAUGUGCUACAUGUACCCAAACAAACCAGACGCGCUGCCGCUGCCACUCCCCAUUAAGUGCGCCUACGAGUACGCGCGUAAGUACGGAUCGCUGAAGUCAGUGAAGGAGCUGCCAACUCGUAUGCGCCCCACGAUGCACUACCUGUAG